AUGCCAUUUGACUGUAGCAACAGACUUGUAUUAAUAUUUGUUAUAAGGAGCUUUCAAUCACAAGUGACAAUGAAUGUUGUUUAUACUGUGCGUAGUAUCCAUCCAUGUUUUCAGUUGGAUAAUUUUACUAUUUUGUUGUUCCCUCCUGACCCGUCUGCUGUGUGUGCUCUGGUGUAUCUUGUGCUUGGAUUGUUGUCGGCAGUAACAGUUUGUGGAAACCUUCUUGUGAUAAUCUCCAUUGUUUAUUUCAAGCAGCUGCACAUUCCCACAAACUACCUGAUCCUGUCUCUGGCUGUGGCAGACCUGCUGGUGGGAGUUGUAGUUUUUCCUUUUAGCAUGGCUCAGACUGUGACCUCCUGUCUCUAUGAGGAAAAUAUCUUUUGUAAAAUACGAGAUUGGUUUGAUAUCACUCUAAGUACUUCAUCUAUUUUGAACUUGUGCUGUAUUUCCAUUGACAGAUAUUAUGCCAUAUGUAAUCCUCUCACAUAUAAGAGCAUAGUUACUGUGCGUGUGACUGGGGUCAUGAUCUUCAUGACUUGGAGUCUCGCGGUUAUGAUUGGUAUUGGUAUUGUCAUUAGUGGAUACAGCCAGGGAACCUGUGAAAAAACCUGCACUGUGAAUGUUGUUCUUUCUAAUGUCUCAGGGCCUUUCUUUUCAUUUUUUAUGCCUGCUGUUAUAAUGCUGUGCAUUUACACUAAGAUCUUCUUUGUAGCUCAGAGACAGAGAAACAGCAUCCAAGUUUCUAAAUGUGGUGCGAUAAGUAAGACAGAGAGGAAGGCCACUAAAACCCUGGCCAUAGUGAUGGGAGUUUUCCUCUUAUGUAUGACUCCAUACUUCCUAUGCAUUGUUUUUCUCCCUUUCGCCAGUGAAACUCCACCGUUCUCUCUGAUCGAAGCUCUCAACUGGCUCACAUUGUCCAACUCAAUGCUCAAUCCUUUUAUUUACGCCUUCUUCUACAGCUGGUUCAGGUCUGCCUGUAAAGUCAUAUUAAGAGGACAAAUAUUCACAGGCAACUUUGCCAACAUUAAACUCGUGUGA